CCGCCGGGAUGAGCGGCAGCGGGAGCCACAUCCGCCUGCGUGUGACGUGCGUGUUCCUGUCGCUGGCGCUGCUGGCAUACGUGGGGCUGACGCAGUGGGUCCUCGGGCACGCCCUCCUCCGGGAACACGCGGGCGGCGGCGCGGGGGUGCUUCCGCUUGUGGGCGGCCCCCACCCCGCCGACCCCCAAGUCACGUGAACGACCGAAUGCUGUUCUUCAACCGCGUGCCCAAGUCAGGCAGCGAGAUGUUGGUCCUUCUCCUCCAGUGGCUGCAAGGGGAGAACGCCUUCCGACACAUCCGCCUCAGGAACAGUGUGAGGCGCUUCCUCAGCCGAGACGAGCAGCUGGACCUCGCGGCGGAGAUGGGCGAGAAGAUCUUCGAGAGCGCGCAGUCAAGGCUGAGCUUCGACCGCCACCUUUACUUCACCAACUUCUCGACGCUGGGACUCAAGAUGCCCGUCUACCUGAACCUCAUUAGGGACCCGUGGAGAGGCGCCUCAGACCAGCCCCUAUUCUGCUAUACCCGAAGGUCUCCCAUCAACAAUCCCCGAAGGCCCUUAUCGCAAGGGUCCCUCCUCUUCCCUCGCCUUUGA